UUGCGCGCGCGUCUUUGCCGUUGUCGACAUUUUGGUUUUUUGUUUGUUUGCGUCUUAUGUGCUCGUUCCGCUUUAAUUUUAAGCGCAAUUGGAUUAAGCGUGUGUAUUUCGCCUGCUAUUAAAACGAGUUCUUUUCAAUACAAUACAUACACAUACAAAACACCAUUUGGUAGAAAUCAGCAGUAGGUAUGGCUGAAGCCCAUGCCGCCGUCGCCUUCUCGUUUGCGAUCACGCACGAGGGCUUCGACAUCAACUAUGACCACGAGGUACUCAAUCUUGUGCUCAAUUCGGGCGUGCGCUCCUGGAAGAAACGCGUGGCGCGUGCUAGAAAUGGCAUUCGAAAUGGCGUGUAUCCGGCGCACAUACAAAGUCUCUGGCUGAUCACGGCCAUUGCGCUGGGCUUGCAUUUUGCGGGCUAUCAGGCGCCCUUCAAUUUGACCAACAGAAUCCUGGUGCAUCUGCCCAGCAACACAAUAAACUGGCAGAUCAGCGCCUGCUUCCUGGCCGCACUUACCAUAUGGCUUUCCAUCUGCUUCACCAUGCGCUACACGCUGAAGCUGUUGCUCAUGUACAAGGGAUGGAUGUAUGAGUCGAGGGCGCCGGGCAGUCGUGUUUCCAUACCCACCAUGCUCUGGGUGGCCGUAGUGCGUGUGCUCUCUAGCUGGAAUAAGCCGGGCCUGUACAGUUUUCAGGGCUCGCUGCCACGCCUACCGCUGCCGUCAGUGCAUGACACAAUGACACGUUAUCUGCGCUCGGUGCGCCCCUUGCUGGAUGACCAGAACUACGAGCGUAUGGAAAAAUUGGCCAAGGAGUUUGAGCAGACAAUUGGCAAGAAGUUGCAAAGAUAUCUCCUGCUGAAGAGCUGGACGUCCACUAACUACGUCUCCGAUUGGUGGGAGGAAUACGUCUAUUUGCGCGGUCGCAGUCCGCUUUGUGUGAACAGCAAUUUCUAUGGCACCGAUGCCAUCUUCAUGAAUCUCACCACCAUUCAGUCGGCACGUGCCGCCAAUGUCAUCUCGCUGCUGCUUAACUUUAGACGUUUGAUUGAGCAUCAGGAACUGCAGCCGAUUAUGGUGCAGGGCAUGAUACCGCUUUGCUCUUGGCAAUAUGAGCGCACCUUUAACACGGUACGCGUACCCGGCCUGGAAACGGAUCGCAUUGUUCACUAUCGGGACUCCAAUCACAUUGUGGUGCUGCACAAGGGCUGCUACUACAAGAUGCUUAUCUACUAUAAGGGACGCACUCUGCGCCCCUGCGAGCUGCAAGUGCAAAUCAAGGAGAUACUCGAGGCCAAGGCCACCCCAUUGGAGGGUGAGGAGCAUUUGGCUGCGCUGACUGCCUGGAAUCGUUCCAAGUGGGCUGAGGCGCGCAACACGUUCUUUUCACGUGGCAUUAACCACGUCUCGCUGCGCACAAUUGAAUCCGCUGCGUUUGUGCUCUCUCUGGACGAUGAGCCGUUCGAGUUUGAUCUAAAGCGUCCGGAGCUGCUGGACUCAUUUGGCAAGAAGCUGCUCCAUGGCAAUGGCUACAAUCGUUGGUUUGACAAAUGCUUCACCGUCUGCGUGGGCAACAACGGACGCGUCGGCUUCAAUGCCGAGCACACUUGGUCGGACGCUGCAAUCGCCUCACACAUGUGGGAGAAUCUGAUCAUUGAUGAUAUUGAAAGUGACGGAUAUGACGAGACGGGCAACACAAAGGGCAUACCGGAGUUUACGCCGCCAUCGCCCACACGUCUGAAUUGGGAUUUAAAGCCGUGUCUGCCACAGAUCGAGGAGGCGACCAUCAGUGCCACGAAACUGAUCAAUGAGGUCGAUCUGCGCAUACUGGUCCAUCAGGAGUACGGCAAGGGCUUCAUGAAGAAGUGCCGUCUGUCGCCGGAUGCAUACAUUCAAAUGGUGCUGCAGCUGGCCUAUUAUCGCGAUGCUGGACGCUUCUCGCUGACGUAUGAGGCCUCCAUGACGCGCCUGUUUCGCGAGGGACGCACUGAAACCGUGCGGCCCUGCACCAUAGAGUCGGCUGCGUGGGUAAAGGCCAUGGAGAAUCCCAGCACAACGAACGAUGAACGUGUGCAGCUGCUGAAGGAAGCCUGCGAUCGCCAUCAGUUGGGCUAUCAGGAUGCCAUGUGCGGACGUGGCAUUGAUCGUCAUCUGUUCUGUUUGUAUGUCGUCUCAAAAUACCUGGAAGUGGAUUCGCCCUUCCUGAACGAGGUGCUCAGCGAACCGUGGCGCCUGUCCACUAGUCAAACGCCGCAUGGCCAGACUCCAAAAAUGGAUUUAAAGAAGCACCCGAAUUGCAUUAGCGCCGGCGGCGGCUUUGGACCCGUUGCCGAUGAUGGUUAUGGCGUGUCCUAUAUUAUAGCCGGUGAAAAUUUGAUAUUCUUCCAUAUCUCAGCGAAGACCACAUGUGCGCAGACGGAUGUGCACCGAUUUGCUAGGAAUAUUAGCCAGGCUCUGGCUGACAUUCGCAGCAUGUUUGAGCAGCACAUGAAGGAUCAUCCGAAGCCCGCCAAGUCUCUCACAAAUGGCGUCUCCAAAUAAUGCAUAGUCCUAAUUGUAGUGAAACUCUUGCGAGAUUCUUGUUAGCAUUUGUUUUUACUUCUCUAGUUAUUCGUUUUAACAAUCAUCAAACAUAUUGUCUAUUGUAAGUUUUCAAUAUAAGUGCAAAAGUGUUUGGAGAAAACGUUUUAAAUCAAAAUCCACGCGAAAUGAGCAAUGCAAUCGUAUGUAUACAUAUAACUAAAAGAAAAAUUCGUGACAACUUGGCUGAUUUUUAAGAUCUAGUUUUAGCAGCUUUUGCACAAUUUGCUGUUUCUCAAUUAAUUAGUUUGUAAAUGAAAGAAAAAAUAUCAUUUUAACUUAAGGCUAAAAAAUAUAUAAAUAUAUAUGUAUA